AUGCGCCAUACGACCGUAAUCUUGCGGCGAAAAUCGAAUCGCCACCGUUCGCCCAAACGUGACCCUCCCCUCGCCCUCGCUUUCCUUUCCCACGCUUCCGCUCUCUUUCGCCCGCGUCGUCGUCGUCGCUUCCGCAGCUCGUCGUGUGCCCGUCGCCUUCGCUCCGCCCGUCGCCUUCACUUCUCCCCCGUCGCCUGCACUCCCCCCCUCCCCCCCCUCUCCCGUUGCCUUCAUUUCCCCCUCCCGUCGCCUUCACUUCCCCCUCUCGUCGCCUUCACUUCCCCUCCCGUCGCCUUCAUUUCCCCCUCCCGUCGCCUUCACUUCGCCCUCUCGUCGCCUUCAUUUCCCCCUCCCGUCGCCCUCACUUCCCCUCCCAUCGCCUUCAUUUCCCCCUCCCGUCGCCUUCACUUUCCCCUCCCGUCGCCUUCAUUUCCCCCUCCCUUCGCCCUCACUUCCCCUCUCGUCGCCUUCCCUUCCCCCUCCCGUCGCCUUCACUUCUCCCCCCCGAUGCCUUCGAUUCCCCCUCCCGUCGCCUUCCACGCCUGCCGCACUCGCUCUCCCGCCCGUCACACUCGCUUCCCCACCCGUCACCUUCACUUCCCCUCCCAUUGCCUUUCACUCUCUCCUGUUCACUCUCUUUCCCCCUGCUCACUCUCUUUCCCCCUGCUCACUCUCUUUCCCCCUGAUCACUCGCUUCCCCCCUCCUCAAUCUCUUUCCCUCUGCUCACUCCCCUUGUUCUAACCCCACUCUCCCCAUUUCUCACCCAUUUUCCCCCUUCACGCUCUCUUACCCCCAUUGCUCGCCCCUGUUUUCCCGGCUCACUCCUAUACUCACUCUCUCCCCCCCUGCUCACUCUCUUCCCCCCCCUGCUCACUCUCUUUCCCCCUUCUCUCUCUCUUUCCCCUUCACGCUCUCUUUCCCUCCCUUCCGCCCGUUGCCCCCCUUCGUCUCAUCGCCCUCCCUGCUGCUCGUCGCCUUCGCUCCCGCUCGUCCCCUCGCAAUCCCCGUCUCUCUCUCCCCCCGUCGCCCUCCCUUCCACUCCUCGUUGCCCUCGCCAUCCCUCCCUUCUCCCUUCCCAUCUCGCACACUUUUCACGCCCCCUUUCCAACCCGCACAUACACCCUUCCCUUCUUCCCUGUUUCCCCGUAUCCCCUGCGCUGCUUUCCCUCAUCCUCCGACUUGCUCCCCCCAUCCCCUUCCCUGCUUCCCCCCGUCCCCUCCCCUGCCUCCCCCCAUCCCCUUCCCUGCUUCCCCCCAUCUCCUUCCCUGCUUCCCCCCAUCCCCUUCCCUCCUUCCGCCCGUGCCCUCCCCUGCCUCCCCCCAUCCCCUUCCCUGCUUCCCCCCUUCCCCUUCCCUGCUUCCCCCCCGUCCCCUUCCCUCCUUCCCCGCGUCCCCUCCCCUGCCUCCCCCCAUCCCCUUCCCUGCUUCCCCCACCCCCUUCCCUGCUCCCCCCCAUCCCCUUCCCUGCUUUCCCCCUUCCCCUUCCCUGCUUCCCCCCAUCCCCUUCCCUCCUUCCCCCGUCCCCCUCCCAGCAUCCCCCCAUCCCCUUCCCUGCUCCCCCCCAUCCCCUUCCCUGCUCCCCCCCAUCCCCUUUCCUGCUUCCCCCCAUCUCCUUCCCUGCUUCCCCCCAUCGCCUUCCCUGCUCACCCUUGCUCCCUCUGUUUCACCCUUGCUCCCUCCCCUUCUUCUCUUCUCACUCUCUUCCCCCUUCCUCACUCUCUUUACUUUUGCUCACUCUGUUCCCCCCUGCUUCCUCUCUUCCCCUCCGUUCAAUCUGUCCCCCGCUGCUUCUUCUCUUCCCCUCUGCUCAUUCCGUUUACUGUCUUCCCCCCUUCACUCACCCCCAUACCCCCCAAUGCAGUUGCAGGUGCCCAGGACCAGAUGUGGCUUAA